UCCAUUUUUGUGCUAGUUUUUUUGUGUUAUUUGUUUUUUGAAUACAAAUCAACAAUAACCUCAGAAUCAACAAAAGAAAACAAUGUUCAAAUAUAAUAAUGGAAUGUCCAUCAUGUUUGGUGGUGUUUGCAUGAUAUACAUCAUAUUAUCCGUCAUGAUUUUUCAAAUGAUCGAAGCCGGCGAUAAAAAAGGUGGCGAUCUUUUUAUAAUUGGCGGUAAAUCUGGUUGUGGUCCAGCAUUAUUAUAUAAAUCCAACGGCAAAAAAGGUGGUAAAAAAGGUGGCGGAGAAAUGAUUAUUAUCAACAAUUGUGAAGGACAUAGCGAACCAUCCUAUAGUUAUGUACCAUAUCCAAUGUAUCAUGGUGGUGGUGGAGGCGGUGGAUAUUCUCACGGUGGCGGUGGUGGAUAUUAUCGACGAAGACGUUCAAUUCAAAAAUAAUCAUCAUUAUCAUCAUCUUCAUUAAUUAAUUCUUUGCAAAAAUCAUCAACCAAUUCAUCCUCUCUAAAUGUGUUCUGGCAAAUAUUAAUUUUCAUUCAAAAUUUCACAAAAUUUUUUUCAUCAUUAUUUGUUUUGAACUCCAUCAUUCAUAAAUUACGUUACACAAUACUCACUCACUCCACAAACACUUCCUUCAUCACUUCAUAAUGGAUAAAUUUUUUUGAUAUUCAUUUUUUUUGAUUCUUCUUUUC